AUGCUUAGUGUGACAGUGUUCACAGGUAACACCAGGAAAGGCAAAGAAGAUUAGUCUGAAGGAUUACAAAAAAAUCACAUACAAAUUUGUAUAUAACCAUAACUUGACACAACUUGUGAGAGCUUAUGGUUCUCUGGGCGUUUUUCAACUGAGACUGGAGAUAUUUCAACAGAAAAGGAGAGAACAAUGGCAUCUGCAAGCAGCAAUGAGUUUCAUCUUAUUGUCCCUAAUGACUCUCAGAAUGCUGAGGUCAAACUGGGGUCUGAUGUCACCAUACCGUGUCAUCUGUCACCUGAAAUCAGUGCUGUUGACAUGGAGAUCAGAUGGUUUAAGGAGACAGACUGUGCUUGUCUCUAUAAGAACAAAGAGGUAAUAAAAGGGAGGAGCUAUGAGGGCAGAACAGGUCUGUCCACUGAAGAGCUUAACAAAGGAAAUGUGUCCUUGAACUUCAGAGAGUUCAAAGAAUCAGACAUGGGGGUUUACUUGUGUCAGGUCAUCAGUGAAGAAAGAACAGAAGAGAUAACAAUAGAAGUAAAAGAAAGGAAAGAUUCUGAUGGCCAACCUGUGAAUCAGUCAUCAAAGAUUCAAGGUAGACAAGUUCAUCUGAUACUACAUGAGUCAAGCAGAACAUGGGGGGAGGAUGAGAGAAUGAAAAUGGAGGAGUCUGCUUUAAUGACAGAGUUUGAAGUGAAUUAUGUGAAGGUACUUCACCAAACGAUAUUCAAGGUUUUCAAAAAUCAAGGGAAAAAACUGGAACAAACUGAACUACAGUUAAAGGAAUCAAAGACUGACUUGGAAAGAGUCUUACAACAACUAGAAACAAUCACAGAAAAAUUCUGUCUCCUAGAAAAUAAAAAAGACCUUGAUAUGAAAGAAUCACAGAUGCAACAAAUAGAAAAACAACUGCUACAAAUAACCAAAUACACUGAAGAGAAACAGAAUCAGUUUGAGGAGAAAGACACACAACUGGAGAAUAUGAGCAAACAGAUAAGCGAAAAAGAGAAACUGCUGGAGAGCACAAUUAAAGAGAUGGAAACCAGUAAACAACAACUAGAGACAUUGAGACAGGAGCAAAUGAGACAGCAGGAAUUGUUGGAGAAGAAAGAACAGUUGAGGAUUUCAGAGUUGAAUGAAAAAUCCAAAUGUCUUGAGGAAACAAAAUCUCUUCUAGAAGAAAGAGAAGGAAAGAUUAAAGAUCUGGAGAAAGAGAAAGACAGACUUAAUGAAGAACUUCAAGACAAGGACAAACGUCUUAAGGACAUUAAUGCUAAACUGAUACAAACAGUCAGAGAGGUUGAAAAGAAACAGAAUCAGCUUCAGGGGAAACACACACAACUGGAGAAUAUGCACAAAAUGUUGAGUGAGAAAAUGAGACGCCCAGAGAUCAAAGAGCUGGAAGCCAGUCAACCAGAUGAACAGGAAACUAAAAACAAACUGGAGAAAUAACAGCUGAAGUGUUCAAGCCAGAUUUUUUAAAAUAAUGUAUGGUAGCAGCUUCUUUUUAAAGACAUGCAUUUAGGGUAAUGUUUUUAACAAUCUGUGUCUAUGAAUAUAAACAAAACAGAAAAGCAUAAAACUAUUUAAAACAAGAGAUUUUUCCUAUGAAUUUUCAGACCAAAUUUAAACGAACAACUCGACAAUGAGCGUACAAAUCCAGUAGAAAGCCAUUGUAUUUACAGAGACAACUUUUCUUUCUUUUUUUACUGUAUAUUGCAUUAAGAGAUACUCUUCAAAACUUAAGAUUUUAAUAAUUUAAUCAGAUUUUUAUAUAAUUUGGUUGACAAAUAAUGUACGCAGUUAUAAUGUAUACAUACAGUAUAAAUGGCAAUGUGUUCAUAUAGGCUAGGUAGGCUAUUUCAUUUGUGGGUUGUGUUACUUCAUACUUCUACUAUCUGCUACUGUGCCUAUAAUGGUAAAUGUGUGUGUCUCCCACAUCUAUAAAUGAUCUAUAAAUGACAUUCAUAUAGAUCAGUGGCAUCUCCUUUUAUUUAACUGUGUAAAAGGGUCAUGUGACAUUCCUCAAGUCGCUGGUGGUGUAAAUGGGGUUUGCAGUUUACUUAGCUAGUUAAUAAUCCAUCGUUUUUAGGCUGAACCCGAUGAAAAUUAACAACUAAGUAUUUCAGAACUAUUGGCCUAUAUGAAUCAAUUGUGGAUCUUGCACAGUUUAAAUAUAUCGUUUGACAUGAUCUUUUAUUUUUAAAUCAUUGAGUGAUAUGCUAAUAUGUAUAGACUUUGUUAAAAAUAUGUAGGCUAUUAAAUGCAUGAGAUUGUGCUGGAGACAAUCUAAUAGAAACACCCAGGAUAAUUGAUAUUAAUUAUUGAUAUAAACACCAAAAGCUACGUGUCGGUUUGCUGGAGUGUGUGGGAGGUGUUUAACCGCAGUUAAGUGAAAGUAUUUUUACUCAGAAAUCAGACCAGUGUAACGGGUUGUUCUGGUUCAGUUAGGCACUGCACUUCAGCUGAGGCAGAAGAUUUGAAGAAAGUUCCUGUUAAGGAGACAAAAUGGAAGCUAAAAGCAACAAUGAGUUUCAGAUAGUUCUUUCUGAAGAAACUAAAUCGGAUACCAUUCUGUGCCACCUGUCUCAUAACAUCAGUGCUGUUGCCAUGGAGAUCAGGUGGUUUAAGGAGACAGAUUGUGUUUGUUUCUAUAAGAACAAACGGUUGAUAGAGGGGAUAAGAUAUGAGGACAGAGUGAGUCUAUCCAUUGAUGAGCCGGAGAGAGGAAAUGUAUCUUUACAACUAAAGGAAUUAGAUGUUGGUAAUUACCUGUGUCAGGUCAUCAGUGGAGACAGAACAGAGGAGAUAACAAUACACACAUCCGCAUUCAAGACUGAUGAAGAUGGAACUGAAAUAUUCUGGUCCAAAAAGAUUGACAAAAAUUGGACUGAUAAAGAGAGAAUAGAAAUGGCAAAUUGUUUCAUCGGCAGUCUAGAAAAAAGAGAUGCGCUGAAAGAAGAACAGAUGAGUGAACAUGAGGACAAUGACAGCAGCAAAUGUGUUACCAGGACAGACAUACUCACAGUGGAUUGUCUGUUCUAUGAGGAUGAAGGAUUACUGAAGUGUCAGAAGAAUUCAGAUGCAUUU